AUGGGCGAGCGGUUAGGAGUCUUGUCUCUUCAGCAGCCGUGCGAGUACAAGACGCCACGCUGGAAGACUGAUAGUGCUUUCCUGGAGCGCUUGAUGAGGACCGAACACUUGGCGCACUUCCCGCGCUACAUUCCCAAAUACAACCAGCCAUCCAGAUUCCAAUGGAUGGUCAAGAUGUUCCUGUUCGAGUGGACAGAUCGCCGUUUUGAGAUGUUGUUGACAAUAUUCACGUUUGCUUCAAUUCAAAUCUACGGGGAAUUGGACAAGCACGAGGAUAUUACUCAGGUCGACUGUGAAACAUUAGAGCAAUGGGCCUUUGUCAUUGAGCAGGGAAUUUGGUAUAUGGACCAGGUGGAGGCAAAGAAAGAAGAGCGCUGGAUGAGCGACGAGGAAAUGAUUCAAUGCCUUCAACAGAUGGAUAAAAUGCCGGAGCCAUUUCCGAUUACUUGGCCGGGGUGUAGUCGGGCAACGGUGCCCAAACGCCGCGACACUUUUGAUACCAAC